CCAACCCCAGUCUCUCCAUAUAUAAAAGCUAAACCUGCUCCAUCUAGGCUAAUACAGCCUCGCUAGCUACAUAGCUCGGCCAUCUCAUCGACCAGAAAGCCUAAUAGUUAUACCUGCCCAUCCAUUUCUCUUCCUCAUCUCAAAACAUCAUCAUCCUAGGCACAAGCACAAACUUCGUUCGUGACAAGAAGAAGAAGAAGAAGCAUGAGCAAUGGCAGCUCCCCCACAUCUUCCUCCCCUUCGGUCUGCUCGAGGUCAUGGUCCAUAAGUGAGGAUUCUUUGAGGAGGUACGUGAGCUACGCUAGCGAGAGCUGCAUCCAGGAGCUGCUCGCGGCGUCGGACUCGGGCGGCGCCGGACGCGGCGGGGGAGGAGGCGGCGACGAGGAGGACGGCGGGUGGCAGACGCUGGCGUACUGCAACGGCGUGGAGAUAGCGAAGCGGCGGUCGGGGACGGGGCAGAUGUUCCGGAGCCGGUGGCUGCUCUACGCCGUCUCGCCGGAGCAGUUCAUGGCCGUCGCCAACGCCGUCGACGCAGCAAAGCAGUGGGAGUCUGACCUGGUUGACGCGACGUACAUCAAGGAGCUGGGCGAGGACCUGAGCAUCAUCCACCUCAAGUUCGGCGACACCUCGAAGCGGCCGGCGGGUGGCCUCUUCCGCCGCCGCGACCUCGUCGUGUACGAGCGACGGCAGACGAUGGACGACGGCACGCUGGUGGUGGCCGUGGCGUCGCUGCCCAAGGAGAUCGCGGCGGGCCUUCUGCCACGGGACUCCAAGGGCCGGAGCUCCGUCGGCCGGGGCCUGCUCCUGCAGUCGGGGUGGGUCGUCGAGAAGCUGGACGCCGACCACGACGGCGUCGAGUCCUGCAUCGUCACCUACGUCGUACAGCUUGACCCGGCGGCCGGGUGGCUGCCCCGGUGCAUCGUCAGCCGGCUCGACAACAAGCUCGUCACCAUCAUCGCCAAGCUCAAGAAGCUGGCGCAGGCCACUACGUCUACCUGCCCGUCAGCGCCACCACCCGCCCCUAGUUGCAACUCCAGCUCCGAGGAGAAUUAAAGCGUCUCAAUUCUCUUGCACUGUCACCAUUAAUUAGGCGGGCGUGAAGUAAAUACUACGGUUUUGUGGAAAUGGUGUCUCGUACUGGGGUACGUACUAGUGUUUGAUCGAGCGAGAAUGUGUGUAUACCUACUUUGGCUUUUGCAAUCGACUGCACGGAUGCAUGCUUGUAAGUGCUCACGAAAAGUGCUAGCUAGCUAGCUGCAGUCUACUUAGUACGUAUAAAGGAAAGGGAGUAGCUACAAUUUUGCCAUGUCACAAUUCUGUCUCCA